GAUCUGUUGUUCUUAUCAGAUGAUCAAUGUCACAGCCUAGAUGUGAGCCUGCCAAACGUCUCACCAAAUGCUCCUCCCGACUCAAGCAUUUACAGAUCAAGCCAGUUUAUAAUUCUGUCUGAAGCCAAUCUGAGUUGUGAUAUUUCCCACAUGACAACGUUCUCCUGGAGUGUUUACCGAUUGGGUCAAGAAGAUAUUCUUUUUCUUUCAAGAAAUAGCUCUUCAGAACUGCAGAUCACACCACGCUUAUUGCCAGUUGGUGAAUUUUUGGUUCAACUCAACGUCAGUAUGAUAGGAACAGCAGUGUUUGGGGUUAGUCAGGGUUAUUUGAAGGUGGUGAGUAGCCCUUUAGUGGCAUCCAUUGCUGGAGGAAGUAAAGUGGCCAGAGGACUGAACAGAACUUUGAUUUUUGAUGCAUCUCUAUCAUAUGAUCCUGAUGAGGAGAAUCAAAAAUCCCUAGGUUAGUAGUAAAAACAAAUACUUUUUAAUACCACACCGGGAGCAGAGGAGUUAAAUUUUACUGUAUUUUCAAUUUAAUAAACCGUACAACUGCAGAGCUACGUAUCUUGUUGAGUGACCGAUGAUAUACAUGCGAUCGCGUCACGCGUCUCUUGAAAUCCUGUUCGCGAGGCAAAAAAACACGCUUGUAGUAUUUACGGUGGGCCAAUGUUGUAGUAGUUUCUCAGAACUUCGCGCCUCGUGCGAAAAGGUUUAGUUGUCUACCAUUGUCACAAAUAAAAUACAGUCAAACUAUAUUCCUUUGCACCCUGUGAUUAUAUAAUUGAAAUCAAGCAUUUUAAAAAAGGCAGAUGUACAACGUAUGUACAUGUAUGGUAGUCCCUUGAAAAGGCUGUAACUCUUAACGAGAAUAAGGAUUCUCUUGGCUGAAUUCUUGAUUAACCAUUACCAGAUUAGUUUUGACAAUUCUGUUCUUUAUAUAUACUUUAUUGUCCCCACCACAGAGUUUCUGGCUCAGAGGUCAGAAACAGGCUCAUAAGUCCCCGUGUAUAUGCAUGUAUGGAAUUGAAGAGAAGAAGAAGAAAAUGAAAUAUGUUGGUAAAGUAGGCGAAGUAAUCCCGAUUUGAACAAACUGAGCGCGCAGUGUCGCGUCCGGUAAUUUCUUGAUAAGACGCGCAUACUCUUGUAUUCGGUUUAAUUUCUUUACUCGGCGCGCGUGGUAACUUCUUCUCAAUAAAUAACAUUAUGCCAAGCUUAUAUAAAUCCAGAUCUACUGAGUUGAAAAACUGGGUCGCUAAGCAGCAAAUUUUAUUGGCUGAACGAGAACGAAAACCUGAAAAUACUUGGUGCAGUCCAGAUAAUAAACGUCUGUGUUAAUUUCCGUUGUGCGAUAUAAGGUCAAAGUCUAUACAUUAUAUUCCAAAAUUUAAUUAACACAUUCGCUAUUAGAUAGACAGAGAAUGUGUAUUCACUGGUAUUUAAAUUAGAGAAAGAGGUGUGAUUUACAGAAUUUCCUAUUCCUUUCCUUAAGAGUUCGUAUGAGGCUAUUGUAAUCACUCCGUUUGUUUCCUUUUAUCAGUUGUAGUGAUUAUUCAAGGCAAGCCGUGAUUCGUUCUCUCAGCGACAAGUCAGUCGCUGAGGAUCUUGUAGUCCUGGUGUAGUAGUAGUGUUUUUCUGAGGAUUGACUGAAUAGUUCUGACAUGUAAGGGUUGUCAGAUUGUAGAAGAAAUAAUGCAUAAAAGAACAGAUUGUUUUGAAAUAGAUAAGAUCAAGAGGAAGAAAGUUUGACCUGUUGAACAAAGGUACAGCAUGAAAUCUAGAGGGCUUAAAAAUAUAUUAUGAGGAUAGCACGCAGUAGCAAAAUCAAAACCCAAUAAGACAAGUAAGGUUGAAAAGGAGAUCGUUAUAUGUUAAGCAAUACAGUUUGUGGGACAAAAUAUCGUAAUCUUGAUCAAAUGCCUAAAGACUUGCUAAUUUUAGAUGAGAUAAGUCCAAGAAAAUUUUGAAUCGAUAAGGACACCAAGGUAUUUUAUAUAUUCUUUCCGAUCCAGAGAGAGAAGGGAACUAGCACUAUAGUCAAAGAUAUUUAUGUUCACUUCAGACUCAACACGUUUUUGAUACGGUCUGAAUAUAACAAAAUAAGAUUUUUUGACAUUUAUAGAAAACUUAUAUACCAUCAGCCAGUUGCUCAAAUUCCUUAACUCCUCGUUAAUUGUUGCUUCAAGGGAUCUCAAAGUCUUAUCAGCGUAAGGCAAGUUGGUGUCAUAAGUAAAUAAGAAAAAGCUUAGUUUCUCAGAGGAGGUAUACAUAUCACUUAAGAACAAUGUGGAGAUGAUGUGGAUACGAUGUGGAGUCGAAGUUUUGGCUAGGGUAGAUAUCCCUACAAUUAGACUUGAUCUUCGUGCAUGCAUCUUCCUUUUAAGACAACAAGUAUUUCCACGAUAAAACAUACUGCAUUGUUAAGGUUAUAAAAAGACAGGGCUCCUGAGAUAAUUGCUCCGUAGUAUUCAAAGUUCCGUAAAAGGGGAGAAGCCAAUGCAGUAGAAUAGCAAAAGUGCAGCCGUUAUGAACGACUGCGUGUUACAAGUUGUAUGCAUCAUAACAACUUUGGAUGGAACUGAAUACGAUAUGUUUCUAUCUCAUGUCUCCGCAGUGGGUAUUAAAUAUUCAUAUAAUUUAAUUUCUGACUGAUCAAAAGUUUUUGUGAUACAAAUUUACUGAAGAUAAGCACGGUAGCCGUUUGUUGGUUUGUUCGACCUCAGUAGCUAACCAGCAACUUCUUGGCUGCCAAAAUUACACGAGACCACUUAGAAAGCUCUUCUGUUUUUACUUACUCUUUUUCAGAGCAUUUCAUUGUAACAUGAGCUACAUGAGAAAAUCUCCCUCAAACCUGUUAGAAUAAUUUGUAUAGUCAAAAUGUAUUAUCUUAAAAAGGCGGGGGCAGACGUAGUUUGAACUAUUACUAGUUUUUAAUUCUCAUUUAUGUUCGUGUUUUUAUAUAGGCCUCAAUUUUUCGUGGCUGUGUAGAGAGGAGUUGGCGAAAGAUCUCAAUAGAUCCGUUGAAGCAGGUUGCUAUUAUAGAACUAGUGAUGAAGAAUUUGCCGGACACGAACUUAGAGUGAACAGUAACCUAAUGGUAGAAAACACCUCAUACUUCAUAACAGUUUUGGUUACAAAAGGUGAAAGGCAAGCUGAGUUCACUCAGGAAGUGUUUAUCGUUCCAGGUAAUCCACCGGAAGUGCAAGUUAGGUAUGUGAAAUCUAAGAUACCAUGCACUUAAACUUUACCUGAUGAUUUUAAAACCCUGUGAUGAGAAAAGUUGCUUUAAAUUCAAGUAUGCGUAAAAUCUUCCACAGAAUGAUGAUAUUUGUCCUCAGAGUGUAGACUAUAAUUUUUCAUAAGUAAUAGAAUAUCAACCUAUCAUUUUAAGUAUGACAUAUGUGCAUGUGUUUAUGAGGAUACACCUACAUGCACACGAACAUGUAAGUACAUCAGUGUAACACCGCAAAUUACUGUCCAGAAGGAAGAUGCGUCUACGAGGUAGACCAGACAACCAUCAAAACACAAGGGAAAGCAGAACGAUUUAGGGUUUUUUUCUAGUAUAUCCAUUUAAUACUACGUUUAUAAUAACUAUAAUUUUUAUCGUUAUUAUGAUUAUUAAUAUUAUUGUUAAAUUCUUAGUGAAGUAAACUUGGGAAGUGGGACAAGGGAAAAAUUGGUCGUGGUAGAGAGCCGGCCGGUAGUGUAGGUUCAACUGUAGAUCUUACCCUUUUGAAGUGCAGAAUUAAGCCUUGACAUGAAGAAGUGAAUCUGUUUCAACUGCAUUACCUAAAUGUCCUACAGGUGUGUUGAAAACUGUGAAGCUAAACUGAAUCCAUCCGGGAGAAUGGCUUUACAGGGCAUGUGUACAGGUACCUCGUGUCAUGGUAACCUUAUCUUCAAGUGGACAGUUUUAAAAGAAAUGAAUAACACUUUAAACAGUUCACAAUGGACUGAGGUUUUAGAAAUACAAGAGUUGAUAAGUACUCGAGUUUCAUCAAAAUGUUUCGUCACUAAGCCUGGAGUGCUGACACCCGGUACCAGGUAUAAGUUUAUAUUGACUGCACAACGACCAGGUGGACACCGCGGGUAUUCCGAAUACCACGUGACGUCAAACAGCCUCCCUUUUGGAGGAGUAUGCAAUGUGAGCCCAACAUCAGGAGUAACUCUUAUAACAGAGUUUACAUUUACGUGUAUGAAUUGGCAGGAUCCAGAUCUUCAGUUGCAGUAUGAAUUUAUUUACCUCAUAAAUAAAAAUAUCCUUAAUGUGGCAUACAAAGGAGUGAAAACUAGUGUAACAAUCAAACUUCCUGCUGGGGAGAGGAGAAAUAACUUUACUAUCGACUUUCGAGUGCGAGUGGCCAACAUGUUGGGAGUAUUCACUGAAGUGAGGACCCCCGUGCAGGUAAGAAACGGAAACGCCGAAGAAACAGCGUUUCUAUUCAUUACCUUCUUUCCUAUGCUAGUGUGAUUUUUAUUUCAGUCAACUCUGUCUAUCAUAAUAACAAGUAACUCCGGUAAACUAUCAGUAGUGUAUUGUAUUUACUUUGAUUUUAGGUUUUAGAACCCAGCAUUGAACAGGUAAACCUCUCAGACAUUGUCCAAAACCUCACAACCGGGGAUGAGAGUGAGCUGAAGUAUUUGAUCCAAUCAGGUGACGAGUCACGUGCUCUACAAUUAACGGCGGCAGCCAUUUCGGUCGUUGACUUCAUCGCGCUUGCGAAAACGACGGAAAGUCAGGCCCAUGAGUUGUCAGAGAAACGGACUAUGGUAAAGAUUUACUAUCAUGGGCUAUUUAUAGUGAGAGUUUACCCGUGAGUAAAACAUCUCAAAAUUUCUCUUUCAGGAAAUUCAAAUAUAUAAAGUUUCGGUGAUUUAUAUAUCAGACGGGCUUACAUGAGACGCUUGUUUGCCAGCGUUGAUAAGAGUUUUGCUUCCACCCGGGCCGGGUUCGCCUGAACAACGCUUCUUUUACACAUUGUCAUUUUCCGCCCAUAUUUUAAAGCUUACUUUGAGACCUGAUAAUGACUAUAUUCAGCUUUGUGUAAUAGUUUGAUACGAUUGGAUUGAGCGUAGGCUCGACAUUACUCAGAGUCUCCCUUCAUAACCAUGUCUUAAUUCACCAUGUCGAGCAUUCAGUUAUGCUAGCAUAAACGAUCGCAAAACAAGAGAUUGAAUCGAUGUUAAGUUCCCUGUCAUUCAUCCUUGGUUAUUGUGUAGAAAUGGUGAUUUUUCUAUACAUUCUCAUAGGCACAGUGUUCUGCGUCUCUGAAAGAGGCAGUUGCCUAUUUAGCUCAAAGUUUCUUUUCACCUUAUCGACUUAGCUCCGUGAGAAAUUAUGUUCUAUUCAAUAAUUGAGAGUUUUUAAACCUGUGGUAAACAGGUGUUUUUUCAGGUCCUAUUUUCAACUACUAGUUCAGUAGUGUUCUUAGCUGCGAGGAUCUCUUAAUUUCGUUUAUUCACAGCAGUGCAAAUAUAUGAAUUUCGUAUAUCUUAAAUCAUCAGGUGUAAAGGUAUACUAUCUGUUUUAAAAUAUAUGAAUUUCAUAUAUCUAAAAUCAUCAGGUGUAAAGGUAUACUAUCUGCUUACUCUUUCAAGUUUCAGCUAUGCUCACUUUCUCUCUUCUUGUAAUUGUUAUAGAUGAAAUCAAGCAUCAUACAGCUGUUGUCCACUAUCCCAGUAGAUACAAUCGUUAGAGUCCAGCAGGUGUCAAAUGUGAUUGCCUCCGCCAGCACGGUCGUUGACGAGGUUACCGUUGAAGCGCAGGUAAUGUUAUAUAUAAGUAGGUACUGCUUUGUUAGCAAACGAAAAUCGCUCUUUAUGAUAAAUUAGUUGUCAUUCUGGUCCUUCGAAUUUUUUUUGAACAGAAAGAUGCAACGGAUGCACUUGGAAAGAUGACUUCAGUGUUGAAGUUGGGGAGUACAGCUGGGGAAAGAUACGACUCGCUUUUUGAUGGCGCAAUGAGUCUUGUGAAUGGACUCGGUAGCAUUCUUAGAGUAGUGUCACAUGAAGCUAGUGUAUACGAUUCGCAUUCGCGGGGAAAGUCUCACACCAAAGCCAGUUUCAUAACUACAGAUGAACGCCUCCCACGAAAGAGCCGACGGUUGGCAUCCAGGUCAAGAACUUCCUUGCCGUAUCUAUGGGCCAGAAGGAACAAAAGAGGCGCUUCUGACGCUCAGCUACAGGUAAAGAUUCGUUCAGAAAUACGAGUUCAAAAGCUAUACAGUAUAUAUAUUAAUUUUAAAAGAGUAUAACAAAAAAAGGAGAUGUAAGACGCGUGAUCAAAUCCGUGCCUCGUUUCUGAUGAUUGUUGCGAUAAUAAACCCAUUUCAGCUUUAUUUCAGUACUUCUCAAGUGGUAUUCAUUACUGUGAAGAUCGCUUCCAAAUAAAUUUCCAUUUCAGCCUUUAACCGUUUUCCUCCUUUCUGCCGGAAUUGAGCGUCCAUACGUAGGUGCAAUUCACUCUGAAUGUCUGUUAUUCUAGAAAUGUCCAGGUGAAACAGACAUUUAAAGAUAAACUUAUUGUACCUGGAAAAGUAGCGCUGAAAUCCUUAUUGUUUGAUGGUAAAAUAAUAACCAUUGGACCGGCGCCUCACGUUACCAAAUAUUCAAGUAGCUGCAAUACGCUGUAACUAAUGAUGACAGAGACUUCCGUUUUAUGGAUGUUUUUGUUUCAGGCUCGAAUCCACGUUGAGAGCAUACUCCAGUCUUUGAAAGAGAUCGGAAAUAUCAUCUUGUCCCGAACUCUCGUUGGUGAGGAGCCGAAGAAGCUUUCAGCCCACGCCAUGUCUCUAUUAGUGUUGCGAGAGGAACCAGAUAUGCUCGCUAAGACUAUUUUGACAAACAAAGGAAAUAGUUUUCAGCUUACUUCAUUACCCAUCCAGUUGGCUAAUGUUACUCAGUAUAUAGACAGCCAGGUGGGUACAGAAACUAUAGAUUGCACAGCACAUAGCGUAUUGUAAAUAUUGCGUAGUUACUAAUGUAAUGAACGCACCGUGAAUACACCUUCGAGUAAACACGUAGGCGUUCUGGUUCGUAAGGGGAUUGUCUGUAUGGUCUUAUCCUUUAAUAAGAAGCUUCCUCUAUGACACUUCCAAAUUGUCAUUUUGAUGCCGAAAGAGCAAUAACCUCGGAAUAACUUAAAAGCAUACAGCCGGCGAAUUUAAUGAUUUUUUGUUAACGAGGCUAAGCUAUGUCAAAUCCUCUCGUCCUAUAAUAUUUGUCAAUCAAGGCAGUGUUGACUUUAGUUUCUUCUUCAUGGCAAACCUUGUCGUCGCAAAGCGGGGAAAAUAAUACCUUGCUCGGAACCUAAUUGAAAAAAGAUCUGCUGCGCUUUUAAGCCGCACAAUCUUUAAGUAAAACAUACAGAAGGAUUAGGAAGACGAAAAGUAUUUUUGGUAGUGGGUUCUCUACAAACGGCUUUGAGAGCCGUUUACAGUUAAAAAUGUUCAUUUCUCUAUGUCUGCAGAUGGUGACAACAGACUUUACACCUUUUUCUUGGGACCCCUCGGGAUCAAGAGUAACGACUGCAGUUUCAAGCUUUGAACUUAAGAACAGCUCUGGGGAUCCCCUGAAUGCGACAGAACUGACAGCUCCGAUUGCUAUAAGACUUCAGAACCUCCAGGAAUUCGCAAACACUUCUCAGUCUCAUUACGUUGGAGCCAACAGAACUGUUUUCUACAAGUUAAAUGUCAACCAAACUGGGAUGGCCUUGAUGCUAAAGAUUCGUUCAGAAAGCAAUGAGACAAAAUUUUUGGUGACUGUCAAAUAUGGAAAGCGGUCUGUAAUUAACAGCGACUUGAAUUUAACAAUACCUGACCAUUCGUCUUGCGAUAAGAUUCCAGAUGGUUAUGUCAACUGCUCACACGAUCCCUAUAUGGUCUUCAUGAACCAGGAAUUUGUAGAGAGCAAAGGUCUUGGUUAUUAUUACAUUAGUCUUACAGCCGUGUCAAGAAUUUCUGAGAUCUCUCGAGUUAGACGCUGCUCAAAGCAAUCAUGUGUGCAGUAUAAAGAAUCGCCCACCAAAGGUGCAAGUUUCAGUGUACCUCAGUACCGGGAAGGUGAUGAAAAUUACACCAUACAAGUGAUGCUGGCUGCUUGUCUGUACUGGAAUGUGGAAAUAUCGCAGUGGACGUCUGACGGAUGCAAGGUGAAAUAGGAGAAGUUAUGAUAAAUUUUUUUGUAAACUGUAAACUGUGCGACGUAAUAUUUAUUGAAUAAACCCCUUCAUGCGGCUGGUACGUCUGCUGAUAAUUUCCGCGGCUAAGACUGUCCCAAAAAUUAGGAUUUGGCCAAGACGCACAGCUUCGAGGGCACUUUAGGAUAAUCUCUCAGCCAAGGACGUUAUCAACCGACACACCAAACACCAGAAAGGGAUUUAUUUAUUUAUUUAAUAACUCUCCCAUUAAUUUUCAGAUCGCGUUAACAGUAGAUUUUGUUUACUUUUUUGUACUAUUCUGGGCAGCAUUUAAGAUCACCUUUCUAAUUUCACUAUCACUGGACUCCACCAAACGCGUUCCUUUUCUUCCAUGUAAAGUAAUAAUGAUGAAAGGGUGAAACUCUUACAUUGGUUUUUUUCCGCUGGCUUUGUUUCUUUUCAGCGGAAAUAGUCGGAGGAAAAAUAUGGAGGUAAAGUUGGGGUUAUUACGUGGUACCGACCGGUUGCACAACGUGACGUAAAAUAGCUAAUAAAAUUGCGCGAAAAUUGAUGAGUGGGUUGCAAUUAUAUUCAAAUAAAAUUUUAGUUAUUACAUAAGUUCUUAAUUUCACCCUCAAAUUUCCCACGGAGCUUGAAACAUAUGAUGAUACAGUGGCCAUAAGACUAGUAACUCUUAGAACGUUACUUUCUCUAUCAAUUGUUCCUUAAUUUCAUGUUGUUUAGUUUACUCCCAUUUAUUUUCCGCCCACCAACAUGGUCACCUUUACUUGGAAUUAACACCUUAAUCUAACUGUUGAUGUAAACUGUUUCAUUGCAGGUAAGCGAAGUGACGAAUGAAGAUUACAUACAUUGCUCCUGUAAUCACCUGAGUGCUUUUGGUGGUCAGUUACUUGUGGCGCCUACUCCCAUCGAUUUUGAUAAAGUUUUCACAGAGCUGGUUCGCUUACCGGAUAGUGGAAACUUUGCUGUUAUAAUAACAGUUGGCUGUGUGUUUGGUCUCUAUCUAGGAUUGUUGCUAUGGGCUAGACGGAAUGACAAACUUGAUCUCGUGAAGGUAAAAAUGUAAUUUCUAAAUACUACCAAUAUGUGUAUACACUAACUCGCGCCCAGUGAGCCUUGGAUGGCUGAUUGCAUGCUCCUAAUACCCUUAUCAGUCGCACAGGUGAUUGGUUCUUUCCUUGCUAUCUGAUGAAUUUUACCUAACGAGUGUAAGCGUAGUGUUAUCCCGAGAAAAGAAAACCAUCCACUAGCCAACAUUUCCAAGUAUGAAUUGCAAUUUUUCAGUCGCCGAAUCUUCUCCGAUCCUUAGGCGAAAUAAUGGCAUAAAUUGGCACUCAAAACUCAAAUUCAAAGUAAAAUGUUCGAGCUGAAAAUGCCAACUGAGCCAUUUUUGGGGGUUCAAAAGAAAUGGAGCGAGAAACGAAAGCCGAAAGGUGACUUCGGUUGUGCAACACUAGCCAUACUAUAUGAAAUGCUGUUGAAAUCAUUGAUAGUUAAUUCCAGCUUCGGUAGAGCGAGUAUAAACACUUUACAGAGAGCUUAUUUGUCACUUAAAAAAAAAAUGUUUGAAAUCGAGUGGAAGCUAUAUAUAGUGAAGGUGAACCCUAAACCCACGCACAAGGUUUGUUGAUAGUAGUCGGGCACAAAGCUUAUUUGCACUCGUAAACGAUGAUCACAGAUAAAAUUAUUCCCUUUAAAAAGUCAUUUUAGUCGAUUAUAGUUACAGUUUGUGUCCAUUUUGAACAUACUUACAUCAGUUCUCCUUUCUCCCCAUGAAGGUGGGCGAGAGGGCACUCAUAGGAGUACCCGUACCUUGGUAUCACUUCGUCGAGGUUCAAGUAUUUACGGGCAUCUGGCGAAACUCGGGAACCACUGCCAACGUUUUUAUUGUACUGGAGGGAGAGUUAGGUACCAGUCGACCGUAUCAUUUGAAGCACGAUUCGUGCAUUCCUUUUGCUAGAGGAAGUAUUAUUUCCUUCGUUAUUUCCAUUCCUGUCGACAUUGGCACCAUAAAAUCUGUUCGAGUAUGGCAUGACAACGCGGGCACCAGUCCAUCAUGGUUUUUGAAUCAAAUCAAGGUUAGCGAUCUGUUCAGUAAGAUACAAAGGAACUUUGUAUGUUUUACGUGGCUGGCAGUUGAUAAAGGUGAUGGUUUAAUAGAUCGUACCUUUCGUUUCACAACAGCGGAUGACAGAGGAAUUGAUUUUUCCUCGUAUGUUCAGAACAGAAUUGCUGAAGAAGUCAGUGAUUUACAUUUAUGGUUUUCGGUCGCUGCAAGACCACCAAGAUAUCGAUUUAGUCGCGUGCAACGUUUAUCUUGCUGUCUAGUAUUAUUGCUGACAAUUAUGCUAACCAGUGCGAUGUUUUACGAACAUAGAACAGCGAUGGACGACACACAGGGAUCGCUUAGGUUGGGUCGUUUUGUUGUAAACUUCAGAGAAUUCAUCAUUGGAGUGGAGAGCCUUAUGGUUGUAUUUCCUGCCUAUACUUUGAGUGUGCAACUUUUUGCUCGUACUCAAUCCUCGAAUGAGAAUAAGCAAAUGGCUCUCAAAACCAACGCAAGGACGAAAUUUAACGAAAUAAAACGCGAGUUUUCUUUUCCACGCUGGUUUAUUUGCGUUCCUUGGCUCUUGUGUUUUCUCCUCACGACUUGUGCGGCGGCUUUUGUUAUCUUCUACAGUCUACAGUGGGGUAUAGAUAGAAGUGAGCAGUGGCUUAUUUCGGUUGCAAUGUCAAUUUUGUUGGACUUAUUUGUAACGGAACCAGCGCAAAUCAUCGUCGUUGCUUUUAUACUGCCUCAUCUUUUCAAAAGGGGACCUGAUACGUCUACCUGGAUUUCUGGCCCUGUAGACACAGAGGUUUAUCUCGAAGAUAUUAAAGUUGGCGGGCUAGGCUAUGAUGAGGUCGAAAAAGAAGAAAAUAAAACACCAAAGCCCUUAACGAAGAGAAAAUUACGUCGCGCAAGAGCCGCUCGAAUGAGGGAGAUGUAUAUGUACCAAGCUCUUCGGAAUAUAGUAUCGUACCUGCUGUACUUGUUAAUUUUACUUAUUGUAUGUUACGGUGGACGUAGCAAGCAUGGAUAUAUGAUGACAUCUUCCAUGAAGAAUACAUUUGGAGAACUUAAUACGGUACGUAAAUUACUUCUCAUUAUAGGUUAAACUUCUCGUUUUCAGACCAGCGUACUUUAGUAAGAAUGGAUGCUAUUAACAUAUGAUGUUAACAGAAAUUUGCAGAGGCUCGUUUCUCGAAGGUUUCGGUAACCUUACGGGCAUGGGACCAUAUUUUCAAUCUUAAUCUAGGAGCCAGAAUUGUGAGUAUUGACUUAAACAACCAAGACAUUUGGUGUCAUUUCCUGACUGACUGAUUCUCAAACCUAUCCAUGCCUCGAUCUUGAAUGUGAACGAGACCAACAAAAAUCAACUUUUUGGAGACAAGUAAUUACCAAGACUUUGAAGAAACGGUUCCGUGAAGUUUAUUUAGGAAACUAUCGAAGUAGUUAGAAAAAAAGCUAUCAAAGCUACUUUCAAAUAGACAAGUUUCUGUCAAGGUGUUUUUGUAGUUGCAAGGAACUGGUUUUUUACGGUAAAGAUAUAGCUACAUGGAUGUGUGUUAGCUCAGCUUCAUAGUGCCAAUUUAGACCUGGAACGGUGCGCUAAGUACAUAGGCACAUGAUGGAAUCCCCGGUAAAGGUUAAAAUUCAAUCUGGUAUUUCCAUUCCUCGAUAAAAGAGCGAAGAAAUGUUUAAAUCCCAAGGAGAAAUCUCGAAAGUACUUUUUAUCGUAUCAAACAAAGCAAGGGAAAUUGCUUUCGUUUGACGUCAGUUACGCGUCGAUAAUCUGAUAGGUCACAAGCAACAACCAAUCACGAUCGCCCAACAUUCAGUCAACUGUAUGAAUAUUUCUUUAAAUAAAAGGGGUAAGUUUCUAAAGAAACUGUGAUGCUGCGUUAAUUAAGUAUUAUCGACUUAAUUACCAUGAACAUUUAUUUGUUUAGUUAUUAAUUUCAUCACGCCGAAUAUUUAGAUCUCAAAUCGCUUCAACACAUGGAACUGGCUACGUGACGUUUUGGUACCCGGACUUUUUGAGGACGGAAAAGAUGUUACCUCAAAUAGUUCCAGGCUUUACAUUGGAGACGGCGACGCUGUUCUCGUUGGGAUGCCUCGUCUUAGGCAGCUACGAGUCAAAGAAGGUAUUUUGAAGGAAGUGUUUAAACGAAGACCAAACAAAAUUGCUCCCUGAAUUUAUCUCGUCGACAAACUGAUUUCAGUUUAACUUGUAGAAGCUUCAACAAGGUCGUCAAAAGUUCCUACUUCAAAUCUUAAGUGGAGUAAAAAAACUCGCAGAAACCAUGUUCGACUUGACGUGAAGCAGAUCACAUUGAAUAAUUGUCACCAUCAAGUUUGAUUUGAAUAAAUAUAAUUUAUAAAAGAAUCAGUAUCUUUUAAAUUUUGGGUAACCUGCACAGAAAAAUUGUGCUUCAUAAAGGGUACGCGAAAUCAUUUCAGCAAAUUAGCUAGCUUCCAUUGAGGAGAGAAAAUGAAUACCUUAAUCAUUAGUCAUCAAUUCAUGAAUUAAUUAGCAUCUCAUGCACGCGAUUUUUCUAUCGUAAGGAUAAAACAAUUAACACUAUGGUCUUUUUCCACUUCAAGGUUCUUGUGAUGUCAGCAUACAGGAACUGACAACCUCACUCAACUCUUGCGUGGCUACAUAUACAUUCAGUAACGAGGACAAAACCAGCUCCCAUGGAAAAAAAUGGCGUUUGUUUUCCUCAUUUAGCAAUGAGUCACUCCUUAGUCUUCCUCAGGUCUGUCCAAGUGCUUGGCAUUAUUCUUCAGCCCAGCAAACACUAAAUCUUCCCUUAUGGGGAAAACUUCAUUUAUUUAAUUUUUAUGGUGAAGGAGGCUACUUGGCCGAGUUGGGCUAUGACAAAACUACAGCACUGAACGUCAUCUCCGAACUAAACCUGUUUGACUGGAUUGACAGAUUUACCAGUGCAUUAAUUUUUGAGUGCGCAGUUUUUAACUCUCAGGUAAAUUUGUUCAGCGUGAUUUGGAUCCUGACUGAGUUUUCGCCAAGUGGUCUCGUGGUUUCUAAUCACGUGAUUCAUACUAUGCACAUAUAUGACAUAAGUGGGGGCUACAGUACUGUAACCAUAACCUGUCAAUUGUUACUAGUGGUUUAUAUCAUAUACUUUGUUAUCAAGGAAACGAGGAAGAUGAUCACGGGAAUUCGACUGUAUUUCUCACGUUUUAUCAAUUGGGUGGAAAUCCUCCAGACCAUAUCAGUCAUUUUCUUUCUAAUUGCCCACAUUAUGAAAGAAACAGAGCUCUUCGCUACCACAGCUAAACUUGAGAAAAACACAUUUCAAUUUAUCAGCUUCGAUUGGGGAGUUGUUCUUCAAGACUUAGAAACGGUAUUUUUAUCGUUACUGAUGUUUUUGAACACUUUGAAGUUGCUGUAUUUGCUCAAAUUCAAUCCCCGUGUGAGGCAUUUAUUCUAUGUAAUGAGGGGAUCUGCUCGGGAACUCAUUCACUGCUCAGUUGUAUUCGCUGUGUUCAUGUUUGGAUGUAUCCAUGUGGGAUAUAUUCUAUUCGGGAGAGAACUUUACUCCUUUUCUUCGCCUUUCCUCGUUCUACAGUCUCUUCUUGUCGAAGGGGUCAUCGGUGGCGGAGUGGACUAUUUUAACGAUUGUUGCACAGUCAUUGGCCCUGUUUACUUUACAGCGUUAAAAUUGGGACUUAAUCUCAUAUGCAUAAAUAUUUUCGUUUCUGUUCUUGUUUAUAAUUAUGGCCACAUCGGGGAACUCUCCAGAGGAAAAUUUGGUCUCGGACACCUCGUGAUAAUGAAAAUGAAGGAACUACUAAGUUGCGUGGGCGACCGCUUAGGGGCAAAUGAAGACAAAUCUGCUGAUUUAGCGAACACGGAGAUCGAGGAGGAUAUUCUUCCUGAGGCAGCUGAGAUAUUGGCAAGGUUGGAUCGGAUUAAUCAUCUUUUAAAUGUUCACUAUGCCGAAGAAUUUUGCGAAGACCUUGAACUGUUUUCUUUGUGGUUUGAUCUCCACAUGCAAGCUAGGAAAUCCAAGGAUUUACAAGAAAACUGGUGCGAUGUACCAGAAAGUUUUGAGUCUGCUGAGGAGGAGGAUAAGGUGGAGGCAAAGGGAUGA